GUCCUUUCUAUCUAUCCCACAAUAUUGGGAUCAACCGUCGCAUAUUCAAUGCUCACCAGGGUCGCGGUCAGGGUCAGUACUUAAGAAGCGUUGAGAUGAACCCUUUGAAAACCCCUGCUACAAUACAAAGCUAUUUCGAGCACGAAUAAACUUCGACCCCUCUAUUUUGAAUAUCAUUCGAGAUCUGCGUCAGAGCUUCGCACUCGUAGUCUAGGUAAAUAGUAGAAGUGGAAAUGACGUUACGGGAUUCAAAAUACUCACAGCAGCAAUACGUUCAGUGGAGAAAUAGAUGGCAAUGUAUAUACGACUGUGCUAUUUUUAUAACAAAUGUUGCAGUGUUGUGCGAUGUUAUACGGAAAUAUAGCAGUAGUGCGAGGACACAAUAACAUGUGAAGGAAUAAAGUUUGCAUUGAAUUGCUUUGACCAUAGAGGGAAAACAAUAAAUACAUAAGCCAUAAUGAAUUUAAAAAAAGUUGACAGGUCUCUCCCGCUUGCCAAAAGUAGAUCCUAAAAAUAACAUUUCGUACAAUUCUCAAAAGUUCACUUUUUGAUUCUACCCUUCGCAAUGACAGACAAAAAAUUAUUGGUAUGUUACCCUAACGAAACCACAGCAUUCAUCCGAUAUCAAAGUUACAUAAACGACAAUAUCAGCUAUUUAGAAACGUUGGCCUUAUCAGUAUUUGUCCAUUUGUGGCUGACUUUUAUGUUUUUGUCGUGUCUUGCAAAUAUUGGUCCCAAGCAUACCAAAGGGUGCAACGAAAAAAAUGGUGAAAGUGACUGUAUCGACGUGCAAGUUGUCACUGAGGUUAAAGUUAUCCGGAAACUAUAUUACAGAUCUAAGUCGCACAUGAACAUGAUUUUCUCACCCUCAAAAGAUGUCAGUUUGUUAGACCUAGACGAUAUUCAGAAAAUCCGAUAUAUCGAAAACAGGGAGAGUCAGGAAGAUGAGAAGGACUACAAUGCAGGAGGCUAUAUGCCUGUUAAUAUUGGAGACAUUCUCAAAGGUCAAUACAAAGUGUGUAGAAAACUUGGUUGGGGCCAUUUCUCAACAGUUUGGUUGUGCAAAAAUCUGUUGGAUGACGGAAUACCAACAUAUGUAGCCUUGAAGAUUUGCAAAAGUGCACAGAUGUUCGCCGUUGUAGCCCAGGAUGAGAUCAAACUAUUGAGAGAAACGAAAUCGAUGGACCCCACACAUAUUGGCUACAAACAUAUUGUUCAAAUGGUGGACACAUUUAAACUUAUUAGUGUAAAUGGAAUUCACACUGCCAUAUCUAUGGAGAUUAUGGGGCCCUCCCUUCUUCAUUUACUAAUUCAGUCUGACUUUAGGGGUAUACAUUUGAAUGGUGUUAGACGAAUUAUUUCUCAGGUCUUAAAGGGCUUGAUUUACCUCCAUGACGUUUGUCAUAUAAUUCAUACUGACAUAAAACCAGAGAAUAUUCUUAUUAAAGUAGAUGAAAACUAUAUAAAGAGCAUUAUAGGAAAAACGGAAAGGUUUGCCGAAUUGGGGUUGGAUAUGCCUCGUUCUUAUGUUGCAUCAGAUUGUUGGGUAGACAAAGACAGGGAUGAUGAUCUUGACCGAGAUAUAUUAUCGAAAUACGAAGAACAGAGAGGACAAUCCUAUCCUUAUGACAAAUUUUUAGGUGAACUAACUGAUUUUAGAAGACGACACGCCGAGCCUAGACUAAAUGCGCCUAUGUGGGUUAGCCCUAAUAUAGAAAUAAAAAUCGCCGAUUUGGGUAAUGCCUGCUGGGAGGACCAUCAUUUUUCUAGCGAAAUUCAAACUAGGCAAUACAGAGCUUUAGAAGUGAUAUUAGGAGCUGGUUACAGCUACCCUGCUGACAUCUGGUCUGUAGGGUGCAUGACUUUUGAACUAGCUACGGGUGAAAUGUUAUUCAGCCCGAAAGGUGACAAAGAACCUUCUGCCAACCUGGACCAUCUGUGUUUGAUAUGGGAAACCCUAGGAGGGAUCCCACAAUACAUCACUGAGAGAGGUACAAACGCGAGGCAGUAUUUUGCAAACGGUAAUUCAAACCAGAAUAUCAAUUAUUAUUACAGAAAAAAAUUAUUUAGACGGAAUAUGAGUAGAUCUUACAAAGCCCCACUGCAGAGAACAAGUCGACGUCGAGUCCAGAAAGAAAUAUAACGAAGCGGUUCGCCAUGUCAAAAACCAGCACGAUAUAAAAGUUAGGCAAAGGGUAAUGUCGCUUGUCACAGCGCAAUGGCAGUCGAUCUUUCUGGUCGCUGGCCAAGCAGAUUUACAGGAAGUUCUCACAGCCAGUAGCCUUCCACCACUUACGAGUCAGGAUGGAAUGAUGAUAAGCGAUUCAAAGGCUAAGGUGGAAUACUUGCCAAGAUCUUUGCUGCCAACUCCACCAUGGACGUCUCCCGCAACGCCCAAGUACUGACAAUUCAAAGGGUUUCCUACACUAUGUAGGCAUAAACCGUAAGAGGAGUGCUCUUGCCGCUCGACAUCAACAAAGCUUGAGGUCCGGACUUAAUUUAUGACGUUGUAUCGAAGAGGUGUGCAGCGGAGCUUGCUCCAGUUUCUUCGCGUCUCUUCCAGAUAUCUUAUGAAUCCGGCACCUUCCCAGAAAACUGAAAAUUUGCUCAUGUCCAACCCAUCCGAAAAAAGGGUUCCAAGGCCGGCCCUUACAACUACAGGCCUGUAGUUUUGCUCCCUAUUAUAAGUAAGGUGAUGGAGAGGUGCAUAAAUGGCGAGAUUCUGGACAAUCUCGAAGGUCACGGCUUGAUUAGCGACAGACAGUAGCGCCAGGGAUCGAUAUUGGCUCCGAUACUCUUACAUAUCAACGACCUCGUUUCCUCAGGUUACACCCGUAUCCGGAUGUAUGGGCAUGUGUGUCUACUUUUGUAGUUGCAUAUCUGCAAUCAUUUCGGGCCUGAUGAAGCCAUCAAGCAGAAAUAUGUAUCGCUCGGGUUACCUAUCCUACUUUCUGCUCGAAUCCACUUUUAUGUCUUUUAAGUUUUGCAUAUAGAAACAUAGUAGGCCGCGCGGAUCGAACGUCAGUACUGGAUCACAUGGAGAACAUUUUCGCGCCAUAAUUUAUUACAACUUUCAGAGACAAUUAUCGUAACAAGAAUGCCUUGCUGAGUUACUGUCUGUUUUCGGCAACGAAGCGCCACAUCAGUCGACAAUUUCCCGUUGGUAUGGAGAAUUCAAACGUGGACGGGGGUGACUCUUAGCGACGAUCCCAGGGUGGGUGCAUCAAAAACGACAGUCACCCAGGAAAACUCGAUGCUGUGCGCAAACUCAUCAUUGAAGAUAGACAUGUGACAUAUCGCGAGAUUGAGACGUCCUUGAAGAUAUCAAAUACCUCAAUUCAAAAAAUUUCACAUGAAGAAUUAGGAGUUAGAAAAUUAGUUUCUCGUUGGAUACCCCACCUGUUGACUGAAGACCAGAAAGCAGCCAGGGUUAAUUCGUGUCAAAAAGCGCUUGACUGUUUCAAUUCCGGAAACUCAAAAAAUGUGUACAGCAUUGUUAGUGGUGAUGAAUCAUACAUUUACUGUUAUGAAUCAGAAAAUAAACGACAGUCGGCUGUUUGGGUGUUCCAAGGUGAAGAAAAGUCAACAAAAAUCAUCCGUUCUCGAAGUGUUUCGAAAAAGAUGGUCGCGACAUUUGUGUCAAAAGCGGAUCAUAUUGCAACAAUUCCUUUUAAUGAGCAACGAACUGUUACUGCAGAUUGGUAUACCACCAUUUGUUUACCAAAAGUCAUCACCGAGCUUCGAAAAAUCAACUCUGAAAGAAGAAUCAUCCUCCACCAAGACAAUGCAAGCUCGCACACAGCCCAAAAAACAAG